CAUGUGGCGCGCCACGGUAAUGUACGUCAAAUGCAUGAAGCAAACGACUCCAAUAUGGCGAAUGUGAGGGAUAGUGAUACGUCGUUGUGGCUUCAUAACAAGCUUGGAACGUCAAAUGAUAGCUGGACUGGAAGUUCAAUUUGUUCACAACUCAAUGCAGAAGUAUUACGGAAUAUCAAAGAUUGUUUUCCAGAUCUUCAAACGCAAGUUAAACUUAAGUUACUACUUUCGUUCUUUCACAUACCGAGACGGAAUGUUGAGGAGUGGCGCGUUGAACUGGAAGAAAUUAUUGAGGUGGCAUCCCUCGAUAGUGAGCUAUGGGUAUCAAUGUUAUCCGAAGCGAUGAAGACCUUUCCAUCUACGGGUUCUUUGAACACUGACAUCACAGACUUGGAUGAACAUAGACCUAUUUUUGGAGAGCUAGUCAACGACCUCAGAAAACUUCUAAAAAAGCAAAAUGACCCAGCAAUGCUUCCAUUAGAAUGUCAUUAUCUUAAUAAGACUGCACUUACUUCUGUGGUUGGCCAACAACCAACACCAGUUAAGCAUUUCACAUUGAAAAGGAAACCAAAAAGUGCUGCUUUAAGAGCAGAGCUACUUCAGAAGAGUACUGAUGCGGCGAACAAUUUAAAAAAGAGUACUGCACCCACAGUACCUGUGAGGAGUAGAGGUAUGCCCAGGAAAAUGACUGACACAACACCAUUGAAAGGAAUUCCAAGUAGAGUUCCAACAAGUGGUUUUCGAUCACCGUCUCUCACAAGUUCUUCAAUGUCUAAUAGAACGCCUCUUAGUAGUAGGAUUCGUAAAGACGGCGGUAUUAAAUUACUGGACAUUAAUGAGCAACCAAUUGGAUAUGCUCAGGCAAAGAAACGAAAGAGAAUGAUGGAAAUAGAAGAACAACAAAAGAAGGUUGCAGAAGCUCAAGCAGCUGCAGCUGCUGCUGCAUCGACAGCGACAACAACAACAGAAACGUCGACUACUCCGGAGUAUGCUCAAGGAUUAGCCUCUAUAAAUCCACCAGCUACGCCAAUUACCCCGGUGGUAGCAUCUGUACAGCCUUAUGCGACGCCUACUACUCUAAGUGGAGCAUCAACAGUAACUACCCCCCAAACUCCCACAACUCCAACUACACCUACAACUCCAAGUACAGUACUACCAAUCACAACACCGACGGUUAUUACACCGAUAGAAAGCACACCUGUCGGAGUGCAAACCGUUAGACCAGCGCAAACCGUUACGCAGAUUCGCAUACAAACUACCGCACAACCGGCCAAUGCGGCUGCUAAUACAAGAAAGGGUCUAUCUCUCACGCGAGAACAAAUGUUGGAAGCACAAGAAAUGUUUAGAACAGCUAAUAAAGUUACUAGGCCAGAGAAGGCUCUUAUUUUAGGUUUCAUGGCUGGCUCCAGGGAUAAUCCAUGUCCGAAACUGGGAAAUAUAGUUACAGUAAUGCUAUCAGAAAAUAUUGAAGAAGUAACGCAACCAGAUGGAACAACGGUGUCGAUGCUGGUUGAAACGCAUUUCCAAAUGAAUUACACAAAUGCUAAACAAUGA